AAGCCACAGCAGAGCAAGGGGAACCUUAUGUAAAGUUAAGCUCGCACCAGAAAAGAGCGGGUUUCAGUCUCAGGAAUCAUUUUCAGUCUGUGCGUAAAAACGCACAGCCAAACAGAACUUUACGUUCCCCUUGCCCAGCUGCUCCCUCCAAUCCCCCCUCUUCGCUCUUUUCCCGACGCUCUGCCGUUGUUGUGGCUUGAGGCUCUUCCGUCGGCCACUUGGUGCCUCACCGGUUCUAUUUGGUUGUGUCCGGUCUGACCCCGAGCUCCGGGUCAUCCAUGAGGCUGGAGGCCGCAGCAAGGAUGGAUCUGUUCAGGAAGCUGUGGAAGGCGAGGAAAUUGAUUGUUGUGGUUUUCAUCCCACUGGCGCUGCUUCCCCUUCCACUUAUCCACCCAACCAGCGAGGCAUGUUGUGCAUAUGUGUUGAUGGUGACGGCAGUCUACUGGGUGUCCGAGGCUGUUCCUCUGGGUGCUGCUGCCCUGGUCCCAGCCUUUCUCUACCCACUCUUUGGAGUGCUAAAAUCCAGUGAGGUGGCAGCAGAAUACUGUAAAGACACAACUCUGCUGCUGAUGGGAGUCAUCUGCCUGGCAGCCUCCAUAGAGAAGUGGAACCUGCACAAACGCAUCGCUCUGCGCAUGGUGAUGAUUGCAGGGGCAAAGCCUGGCAUGUUGGUGCUGGGCUUCAUGUGCUGUACAGUGUUUCUGUCCAUGUGGCUCAGCAACACAUCCACCACUGCCAUGGUGAUGCCCAUAGCUGAGGCCGUUCUUCAGCAGCUCAUCUGCACCGGUCUGGCUGACAGCCACGAUGACUCGGAAACAGUGGACGCCUCUGAGGAUGAAAGUGCCGUCUCAAACAAACAAGAGAACCUGGACAAGAAAGAGCUGGAGAUGUUCUAUCGAAACGAACGGAAUGACUGUGCUAAACAGGAGCUUCACACACUUAGUGAGGGACAGACUGGUGAGGUAAAUGGCUUCGGUUUACAGCCGGUUUUGAACAAGACAUUCGUAAGACAAACCAAUGGACACCUGCCACAGGUUAAUAACAUGGUUGAAGUUGAGAUCCCAAAUGUGAAGCGAGUGAAGGCAAGGAGAGACUCCCAGUAUCCCACCAAGAGGGAUCACAUGAUUUGUAAAUGCCUCUCACUCAGCAUUACAUAUGCUGCAACCAUCGGAGGUCUCAUCACCAUCACCGGCACGUCAACCAACCUCAUCUUUGCUGAGCAGUUUAACACUCGUUAUCCAGAUGCAAAGGUGAUAAACUUUGGCACAUGGUUCAUCUUCAGCUUCCCUAUCGCCAUCAUCAUGCUGGUCCUCACCUGGCUGUGGCUGCACUUCCUCUUCCUUGGCUGCAACUUCAGAGAAACAUGCUCGCUGAGUAAAAAACGCAAAACCAGGAGGGAGAUGAUGUCAGAGAGGAGGAUUCAGGAGGAGUAUGCAAAACUGGGACCUAUCAGCUAUCCUGAGGUGGUGACAGGUGUCUUCUUCAUCCUGAUGACUCUGUUGUGGUUUACCAGAGAGCCCGGUUUCGUGCCCGGCUGGACGUCUCUCUUUGAAAAGAAGGGUUACAGAACUGAUGCGACAGUGUCUGUUCUUCUGGGCUUCCUGCUCUUCCUCAUCCCUGCCAGGCGACCCUUCUCCUCCUCUUCCCCUGUCUGUAGUAACUCAGAUGAUGAUUCUGGGUCUGAUCCUCUUGCGCCCAUGAUCACUUGGAAGGACUUUCAGAGACUGAUGCCAUGGGAGAUUGUCAUCCUGGUGGGAGGAGGCUAUGCGCUUGCAGCUGGCUGCAAGGUGUCAGGCUUGUCAGUGUGGAUUGGCAGACAGCUGGAGCCCAUGAGUGGUCUUCCUCCCUGGGCAGUCACCCUGCUGGCCUGCCUGCUGGUGUCAGCAGUCACAGAGUUCGCCUCCAACCCUGCAACUCUUACGGUCUUCUUGCCCAUCCUGUCAGCACUGUCAGAGACUUUGCUCAUCAACCCCCUCCACACUCUGAUCCCCUCCACAAUGUGCGUGUCAUUUGGGGUCAUGCUUCCAGUGGGGAACCCCCCCAAUGCCAUCGUCUUCAGUUACGGCCACGUGCAGAUCAGCGACAUGGUGAAAGCGGGUUUCGGGGUGAAUCUGAUUGGUGUGGCAGUGGUUAUGUUGGCCAUCACCACUUGGGGGGUUCCCCUCUUCAAUCUGACAGAGUUUCCAGCCUGGGCCGUGGCCAGGAACGUCACUGGGAGCUUAUAACCACCAAUGUGCUGGGGCCAGACGCAACAUGAGAUGAUGGGGUGAAUUACUGACAGACAUAAGCCAUUUUGACAAAAAAUGUCAAACAUUUUUGUCAAAAUGGCAACCGGGGGGAAACUGAAAUUCUACAAAAACUAUAUAUAUACACAUAUAUGUAUUUUUUACCUCUGUUAGACAGAGAAUCUGUUUUCAAUGAAUCAUUAAAAACCACAAACCUAUUUGUGGCAAAAAAAAAAGAAUUGAUAUUUUUACUUUUGAUUUACAAUGGAAACAAUGAUAAGUUUUUAAGAACGCAUUUCCAAAACCAUGCCAUGUCAUCUCUGUGCAUUAGUUAAUCCUUUAAGUGGCAAUGACUUGUGCAGCCAUUGUAGACAAGCACCUUUUUAUGUUUUUUGCAUACUUGAAUAUCUUCUUCUGCACUUAAAGGCAUUAACUUUAAGACCCGGUAGACCACAAACAUUUCAGCAUGGUGGGCUGAAAAGUAGUGCCAUGCACUCUAAAUGGAUAAAAUAAACCUGGCUGCUGUAUUAAAACAAGAUUAAAAGAAAAAAAGAGUUGUCUACUAUGGCUGCUGAUACAUAUUACCAAACCUUUUUUCUGUCAGUUGUCAAAAAAGCUAUUAAUCAUUUCCCAGUUUGCAUAGAUUUAAAAUCUCAUUUAAAAUAAUGUCCACGUUUGUCUUAAACUACGAAUGUUAACAAACAUCUCAAUGACCAUCGCUUUUACCAAAGUUUCUGAAGCUGAUUUGUUGGCCUAUUAAGCAGUGAAUUUUGAUUUUAAUUGAUUUUCAUUGCCACUUUUUUUUUUUUCAGAAUAGCUUGCAGCGUCUUAAUGUCUGUUGUUACUAAAACUGUGGCUGCUACUUGUAGGACUCAAACCUUUUAUAUGUCUUGCUAUGAUGUGACGGCAGUGCAGGAGCUUGCAUUAUUACCUUUUAUCUUUAAUCAUAGGAGGAAAAGAUAUAUAGUGUAAUUGUUUUAAAGUGCUGAUUGUCAGCCAAAUGUUUGUACCUGAUCCGGUUACACCAGCAAGAUUGUGAUUUAUUUACAGCAAAAAAAAACUGCUUUUUGCAUUUGUUACUGUCAAGUAUUUUAUGCUGAACUGGUCUGGGAUCUUUUUUCAUUUUCUGGUUUAGGUCAUUUACAAACAAUAUUUUGACAUCAUCCUGGUGAGAAGGGUCUUUUACAUUAAGCAAAGCCCUCAAAUGUGUGCCACCUAAUUAACUUUGAGAUUUCAGCUGGUUUAGUAAACCCUUUUUGCUACAGUGAUGUAAAAAUGUUAGAGUAUCAUGAUGAAGUGUGAAAAAUAACUCUUGUACUGUAGUUUACAGGCUUACACCCUUCAUUACUGAAGUAUUUGUAUAUUAAAAAAAAGUUUUAUCAAGUUCCCACAUCAAGCAAUGAUUGUUUUAUCUAAUUGUUGUCACCUCAGAGGUGCAAUUUUCCAGCAUGAAAAGAGAAAAUGAAUGUCGGACUCUGCAGAGUUCCUUCAGGCUCUGGGGUAUCCAGAAGCUUUUAAAGAAGAGAUAGAGGGUCUGGUGCAAUAGUUUGUUCAAUCAGCUAUCAAAUCAGUCAUAUUUUUGUACAGCGGUGAAAUGGUUUGAACAAACCCCUCAUUCUACUGUGCAGAAAUGUAAAAUAUAUACUUUAUAUUUUUACAGAAAUUCUACAUGCAAUGUUUUGACUUUUUUUUUUAUACCACUGCAUUUUAAGUAUAGGUCUUUGCACAGGCUAAAUCGGAAGCCUACACCGUUUCUUUUGUAAUUUAUUCACUUCUACUGAAGGUUUCAUAUGUCUGUCUGGUGUUGCCGCAGUGACAUUUGACCCAGGGGCCACACUCCUCUGUAAAUACAAACUGAUUUUUAAAAUAAGCAUGUGCCUUUGCCUGUUUCAAAUAAACUGUAACAUUAAAUUAUGUUUUACCCUGAUAAAACAUUCAUAUUCAACUACGAUGCAAACAGAAGUUAGGAAUACAUUAUACAUGUGCAACAAUAAAAUCUUCAAAACCA